AUGCAUCUUGCCAAUGGUAUAGACCGCAGCACCUUUGAUGGUGAAAUCGAUGGCCUUCACCACAAUACCCUUCCGGCCGCUUUGCCUCGGACUCCUGACGGGCUUCCAUCAGAUAGCCUCGAGGGAAGCCUGCCUGGGGUUCAGACCAUCCCCGAGCCCAUUGCGAUUGUCGGCAUGGCAUUGAGGCUCCCCGGCGGAAUCACCUCUCCCGAAUCCUUCUGGGAACUGCUGCUCAGCGGCGGCGAUGUCCGAUCUCGAGUCCCCGCUAGUCGCUAUAAUGUGGAUUCUUUCUACAGCCCAUCUAGUAAGACAGGCUCUGUCAAAUCCACAUAUGGGUAUUUUCUUGAGAACAGCUUAAAGGAGUUCGAUACCUCCUUCUUCUCGAUGAAUAAAAUAGAGGUUGAGAUGUUGGAUCCUCAACAACGUCAGCUACUAGAAGUGGUCUGGGAAUGCAUGGAGAGGGCCGGGCAGACGAAUUGGCGGGGAGAGAAUAUUGGAUGUUAUGUCGGCGUUUAUGGGGAGGAUUGGCUGGAUCUCGUCUCUAAAGACACUCAGGAUGACGGCAUCUAUCGCAUCUCUGGGGCCGGCGAUUUCCUGUUGGCUAAUCGGAUUUCUUAUGAGUAUGAUCUGAAGGGACCAAGCAUGACCACAAAAACGGGCUGCUCUUCCUCCUUGAUCUGCUUGCACGCAGCCUGUCAAGCCUUACUCAACGGCGAUUGCGACUCCGCUAUCGUCGGUGGGACGAAUCUAAUAAUGAGUCCAGGUAUGACAGUGGCCAUGUCGCAACAAGGUGUCUUGUCGCCGUCCGGUUCCUGUAAGACCUUUGAUGCUGCGGCCGACGGGUACGCCCGAGCGGAAGCCAUCAAUGCCAUCUACAUCAAGAAAUUGAGCGAUGCCAUUGCCCAUGGUGAUCCGAUCCGUGCCGUCAUUCGGUCUACGGCGACCAACUGCGAUGGGAAAACCCCUGGACUGGCUGUUCCCAGUUCAGAAACUCAUGAAGCCAUGAUUCGCCGUGCGUAUAAAGUGGCUGGACUACCGGCGUCGCAGACGGGAUACGUGGAGUGCCAUGGCACUGGAACGCCCGUUGGAGAUCCGCUGGAGGUUCAAUCCAUUGCCAAUGUCUUUGGCAAUGAGGGCGUUUAUAUUGGUUCGGUCAAACCCAACGUUGGCCAUUCGGAAGGGGCAUCAGGCAUUACCAGCAUCAUCAAGUGUAUUCUGGCCCUGGAGAAUCGCGUGAUUCCCCCAAAUAUAAAACUGACAACCCCCAAUCCGAAGAUUCCAUGGGAAGAAAGUAAACUGCGUGUCCCAAAGGAGCCGACUCCGUGGCCCGCUGAGCGCUUAGAGCGAGCCAGCGUGAAUUCCUUUGGAAUCGGAGGAGCAAAUGCGCAUGUGAUUCUUGAUUCUGCCGCGUCUGCCCUGCAACCGUCAUCGUCAUCGUUGUCAUCGUCUCCGCGGGAUACAAAUGAAACAAAGCAGAAUCAUCUGCUAGUCUUUUCCGCGAACCAUCCGGACUCACUGCAAAGGCUCAUUAGCAGCUAUCAAGAGUAUACUGCCCGAUCCAAUGUCCUUGCGGCUGAUCUGGCCUACACCCUGGCCGCCCGUCGUGAGCAUCUCCCUCACCGAGCAUUUUGUAUUUUGAAUGGACAGACGUGGAAAGAAGUAAGCCGACCAGCAAAAGCCAAAUCGGGACAGACCCUCAAUUUUGUCUUUACGGGCCAAGGAGCUCAAUGGCCUGGCAUGGGAAAGGAAUUAAUUCAGCAGUAUUCCUCGUUUCGUAAGGACAUCCAUGACAUGGAUCAGGUCCUCCAAGAGUUACCGCAUCCGCCAACAUGGACAAUUCGAGGUGCGCUUGAAACUCCUGGGACUGCAGAGUCAAUGAGUGCAGAACUAUCGCAACCACUAUGCACAGCUAUACAGGUGGCGAUUGUCAAUCUACUGCGGGAAUGGGGCAUUACCCCAGCGGCAGUGGUCGGUCAUUCAAGUGGAGAAAUCGCUGCAGCCUACACAGCCGGGGCCCUUACAGCUCGUGAGGCCAUCAUAGUGGCGUACUAUCGUGGGCGUAUUGCAGGAAAUGCCCAACAGGGCGCGAUGGCCGCUGUUGGACUGGGCCGGCAUGCUGUUGCCCCUCACCUUAUCCCUGGGGUGUCCAUUGCCUGUGAGAACAGUCCCGAUAAUGUCACAUUGUCGGGAAAUAUCAAGGAGGUCGAGCAAAUCAUGACCAGUCUCAAAGAAGAGCACGCUGAUCUCUUUGUACGCCGGCUGAAGGUCAACGUUGCUUAUCAUUCCGACCAUAUGACCGUGCUGGGUGCCGGUUAUGAGUCGCUGCUUGCUGGUUACCUCGUCGAUCGCCAGCCGAAAAUCCCAUUCUAUUCCUCUGUUACCAGAGAUGUCAUCAAGAAAGCCGGUGCUCUGAAUGCGUCUUAUUGGCGUAAGAACCUUGAAUCGCCCGUCCUGUUCAAGUCCGCUGUCGAGCGUCUCCUCGACGGUUCCGAGAACAAGAAUCAUGUUUUCCUUGAGAUCGGACCUCACUCGGCCCUUUCGACACCCACCCGACAGAUUCUGCAGUCGGUAGGCAUCCAGGCACCGUACAUUGCCACUCUGCAGCGUGGCCAAGAUGGUCACGAAAAUCUCCUCACAACGCUGGGAAAUCUGUAUCUCGAAGGGCUGCAGCCACACUUUGCGGCGGUGUACGGUCCCGGGGAAGGAACCUUGCUUCACAACACUCCCAACUAUCCGUGGCACCACGAGGCGCAAUAUUGGUACGAAAAUCGAAUUUCACGCGAAUGGCGAUUGCGUCCGUUCCCCCGUCACGAGCUUCUGGGCUCUCGCAUCCUCGAGGGGAAUGAUCUCGAGCCCACCUGGCGGAAUGUGCUGCGGCUGAGCAACGUACCCUGGUUGCGCGAUCACAAGGUGCACGAAGACAUCGUCUUCCCUGCAGCAGGUUAUAUUGCUAUGGCUGGAGAAGCCGUGCGGCAAGUGACCAGGGGAGCGGUUGAAUGUGCCAGGUAUUCUCUUCGACGACUAAAUAUCACGAGUGCUAUGAUCUUGCAAGAUACGCAGAAGACCGAAGUCAUGACAAGUCUUCGCUCCGCGGCGUUGACCACCUCGUUGGAUUCUGAAUGGUAUGACUUCUCCGUUAUGUCCUUCAAUGGGUCGUCUUGGACCAAGCAUUGCUUUGGUCAGGUGCGAGCAGACUGGGAGGGUGAGAGGAAGCAAGCUAUUCCUCAAGAUCAAUGGAGACUACCGCGAGCGGUUCCCUCUCCACUGUGGUAUCAGACCUUGCGGGAUGUGGGAUACAACUACGGGCCAGAAUUCCAAGGAUUGCAAGAUAUCGCCGCCGAUACCUUGAAGCAGAUGGCGUCCGCUACAGUGCUUGAUGCUGAUCACCGAGAAACAUCAUACCAACUCCAUCCUACCACCAUUGAUUUUUGUUUGCAAAUGAUUAGUACAGCACUAGCCCAGGGAAUUCCGCGCCAUCUUCGUCAGCUGGUGGUUCCGACUGAAGUCGAGGAGAUUCAAAUAGAGCGCACUUCGAGCCCUAUUCAUCUCCUGGUUACCGCCCAAAGUCCCCCUGGCUCUAACGGUGAAGUGAGGAGCGAUAUAUCUGGGUUCUCAAGGGACUCGACCGAACAAAUCCACAGUGUGGUCAAUUUCAAAGGAAUCAAGCUGAUGCCUCUAUCAAAUGAUGGGCAUACGGAGGCGAUAGAAGAAGAUCCUCACGCUGGAGCGCAGCUGCGAUGGGCUGCAGACGUGGACUUCAUUGACUCUCGCACCCUGAUAAAGCCGCUUGGCUUGAAGACGAGGCCAGCUCGCCUACUUUGUGAACGAUUGACAGUUCUAUGUAUCAUUGACACUCACGAUCGGCUAUCUUCUCUGCCGCCCGGCAGCUCCGCUCAUCUCGACAAGUUCCGAGCUUGGAUCAAAGCAGAGACUGCCCGCGCUCAACAAGGGGAUGAUGAGCUGAUUGAGGAUGCACAAGACCUGGCUAAAUUGAAUGUGCACGACCGACGUGCAAUGAUCGAAGCCGUGGCUGCAGAGAUCCAAUCCACUGAGAUGGCUGCGAUUGGCACCGGUAUCAUGCAGGUGCAUGAAGCCAGUGAACUGGUCUAUAAGGGGGAGAAAGAACCGCUCGAGGUGCUGAUGCUCAACAAUGCAUUGACCAAUCUCUACAAUCUCUGCCACAGUUUGAUCGAUGUCACGCCUCUCCUCAGCGCCAUCGGCCACGAGAAUCCCACCCUUCGAGUCCUCGAGAUCGGUGCGGGUACCGGAGGAACCACGGCGGCGGUACUGGAGGCGCUGAAAAAAGGAUCCGCUGCCGAGCUGCGGUACUCCAGUUACACUUUCACAGAUAUUUCGGCGGGUUUCUUCGCGCCUGCUAAGGAACGCUUCAAGGCCGAGCGAUUGAUGCGAUACGCCACCCUCAAUAUUGAGCAGGAUCCAUCCAGGCAGGGCUUUGAGUCCGGGCAGUACGAUCUCAUCAUUGCCUCGAACGUGUUCCACGCAACAUCCAGCCUCCAAACCACCCUGAAGCAUGUUCAGAUGCUGCUGCACCCUCGUGGCCGCUUGGUCUUCAUCGAGUUGAGUCCCAGGAUCCGCUUCCUGAAUUAUAUCAUGGGGAUUCUGCCGGGAUGGUGGCUGGGAGAAGCGGACGGUCGUGUUGAUACGCCGUUUGUCUCUGUCGACCGCUGGGACCAAGAGCUACGUGAUGCAGGGUUCAAUGGAGUCGAAGCAUCGGUUUAUGAUGAUGAUACCCCUCACCAAAUUGACGCCGUCAUUGUGGCACGUCCUAAGGAAACUCUUCCUAGUACAUCAUCAUCGUCGUUAUCCUUGGGGAUUACCCUUCUGAUCUCAGACAAUCGAAUCCUCUCUUCUUCGACCGUCGUCGAAACAGUCACAAAUAUCUGCUUAUCCAAGGGGCUACGUGUCGAUGUCCGUUCACUAGGCGAGAAUCUCCCCCGAGACCAGGACAUCAUAUCCCUUCUCGACCUCGACGGCCCAUUCUUCUUGGACAUCGAUUCCGAGCGGCUGAAGCAAUUCCAGGCCAUCGCAGAGGGUCUUGCGUCGUCUGGCAUGUUAUGGGUAACUCGAUCUGCUCAGGUCGGUUGCUCGGAGCCGGGGUAUGCACUUGUUCUCGGGCUUGCCAGGACCUUGAGGUCUGAACUCUCGAUAGAUCUCGCGACGCUAGAAGUAAAUGAGUUCACUCCAUCCAUCUGGGUGACUGUGCUGGAAGUAAUGGACAAGUUCAUGCGACGAGACCGGAGCGGGCACAUGGACCAUGAUUUCGAAUACGCCCUGGCUGAUGGAGUUGUUCAGAUUGGGAGAUUCGAGAAGUUUAGUGUAUCAAAGGCACUGCAGCAGAAGGAAGAGUCUAGUCUAUCUGGGACCACGAGUGCAAAGAGAUUGUCUAUUGGGAAUUUUGGAUCGCUGCAGACUCUUUGCUGGGUGGAUGAGUCGUUGAGACCUUUGCAGGGCAGAGAGAUUCGAGUGGCCACUCGCGCUGUGGGACUGAACUUCCGCGACGUGGUAGGAGCGUUAGGAGUGGUUGAGAUCCCGCGCGGGUUUGGAUUCGAGUGCGCCGGGAUCGUGACAGAGAUCGGGCCUGAUGUUGAAAAUUUACAACCAGGCGACCGUGUCGUGGUGUUGGAUGGAGGCAGCUUUGCAACACUUGUCACCACCAGAGCCGACUUUUGCGUGCGACUGCCACAGUCGCUCACGUUUGAGGAAGCUGCAUCAAUGCCAGUUGUGUAUGGAACUGUCAUCUACGCCCUGAUAGACCUUGCUCGGCUGGAAAGUGGCCAGACGAUUCUUGUCCAAUCAGCCGCUGGAGGAGUUGGAAUUGCAGCGAUUCAGAUUGCCCAGUAUCUGGGUGCGACGGUAUACGCCACCGUAGGUAAUGAGGAAAAGGUUCAAUUUCUCACCGAGACCUUCGGAUUACCACGCCACCACAUCUUCCACUCACGCAAUACCUCCUUUUUGCCGGACUUGCUACGGGAGACAAAUGGGAAAGGGGUGGAUGUGGUGUUGAACUCCUUAUCAGGCCAGCUGCUACAUGCCUCGUGGGAGUGUGUAGCGGAAUUCGGCAAAAUGAUUGAAAUCGGAAAACGGGAUUUCGUUGGCCAUGGUAAACUUGAAAUGAAUGUGUUUGAGAAGAAUCGGGCCUUCUUCGGCGUUGAUCUGUGGACAUUGACUCAGACCAGACCGGCUCUUGGUCAAAGUCUUCUGGAACGAUCGGUCCGCUUCUUCGAGGAUCAGAUCGUGAAACCCAUCUCCCCGCUGAAAACCUUCAAUGCCCGCGAGAUUGGCGAUGCCUUCAGGUACAUGCAGAAGGGAGUGCACAUGGGGAAGAUUGUGGUGUUGAUGCCCGCGGAAGCCACAUCUUUGCCUUCGACUCCAACCGCCCGAAGUCUCCAGCUGCGGGCGGAUCGCUCUUACCUUCUGGUUGGUGGACUUGGUGGCAUUGGACGUGCCGUAGCGACUUGGAUGAUCGAAUGCGGUGCUCGACAUCUAGUUUUCUUGUCCCGGUCGGCGACCUCGCCAGCCCAUACUGACUGGUUGGCCGAGCUGAGAUCGCAGGGAUGUGAAGUGCAGACCAUCUCAGGGAGUGUGAUCGAUCUUGACGAUGUGAAGUUCACGGUAGAAACCGCUUCCAAGCCGAUCGGCGGCGUGAUUCAAAUGUCCAUGGUUUUACGCGAUCAAGGAUAUCUUCAAAUGUCGCACGAGGAAUGGCAGACCGCGGUCGCACCCAAAGUGCGUGGCACGUUGAACCUGCACGAGGCGACGCAAGAGAGCCCGUUGGAUUUCUUCAUCCUCUUCAGCUCCAUCUCAGGCGUCAUCGGCCAAGUGGGACAAGCCAACUACGCUGCCGGCAACACAUUUCUCGAUGCCUUUUGCCAGUAUCGUAGACAGCUCGGUCUUCCCGCCUCAGUUCUUGAUAUUGGCGUGUUGGGGGACAUUGGAUACGCAAGUCGAAACAGCACAGUGCUGCAGAAAUUGAAAACGAGCGGCUUCUACCUCCUCCGUGAGCAGGAACUGUUGGACUCCCUGCAGUUUGCAAUUUUCCAGUCCACACCCAGUUUCUCCUCCUCUUCCUCGGGAUUUCCUGAACAGCAGGGAUUCUGCAAUCCUGGCCAGCUCGUCAUCGGUCUGCGCAGCACGCUCUCGUGGACCGAUACGAAGAAUCAAGUGCGCUGGAAACGCGAUCGUCGCAUGGCAUCCUACCAUAAUGACAGCCAAGGGGGGGAAGCCACCACCGCGUCAACCGUCAACAAUGAAGGCCUCAAACAAUUUCUGUCCGAACUGGCCAUGAAUCCAAUUCUUCUCGCGAAGCCGACGACCCAUGACUUGCUUGCACAGGAAAUCGGGCAGCAGCUGCUGACGUUCAUGCUGCGACCGGAGGAGGAGCUAGAUAUCUCCCAGUCUUUGCAGGCCCUGGGAAUGGACUCGUUCGUCUCGAUCGAAAUCCGCAAUUGGAUCCGGCAAAACCUCGGGGUGGAUUUGAGUGUGCUGGACAUUAUGUCCUCGGCGUCGGUUCGUCAUCUGGGCACAAAGGUGGCGGACGGAUUGCGCGUGAAGUAUGCGACCAGUAUCGAUGAUGCCGGCGAUACUUACCUUCUCAUGAAGGCGCCAUAA